CACUAAAGGAGAAACAUAGAAUUAUGACAGAAACAGUUGAUGUUCUCAGUUACAAGAAGCUUGAAGGCAAAGUAGCCAUAAUCACUGGUGGUGCAAGCGGAAUGGGCGAGGCAACUGCUCGCCUUUUCGCUCAACACGGGGCACGAGCCAUUGUAAUAGCUGACAUCCAAGAUGCACUAGGCCAGAGCGUAGCCAAAUCUAUUGGCAACGGACAGUGCACGUACAUGCAUUGUGAUGUGGCCGAUGAAGGCCAAGUGAAGGCACUAGUAGACUCAACAGUUGAAACAUUUGGGAGCCUUGAUAUCAUGUUUAGCAAUGCAGGAUUUUGGAAAACAGGGGAUUUCCGCCAGAGCAUUCUUGAAUUGAAUCUAGAAGCCAGUGACCGCCUCUUUGCAGUCAACACGCGUGGUAUGGCAGCGUGUGUGAAGCAUGCAGCACGCGCCAUGGUGGAAGGGAGCGUCAAAGGAGGUAGUAUAGUGUGCACGGGGAGUCUAGCAGCGUCUAUUGGGGGGGAGCAGUUUAUUGACUAUGUAAUGUGCAAGCACGCGGUGUUGGGGCUAGUAAGGUGUGCAAGUAAAGGGCUGGGAGAGUAUGGGAUACGCGUCAACUGUGUAUCACCAGGGUGUGUAGUCACUCCCCUUGCCUGCAAAGAAUUUGCACUUAGCGAGGAAGAAUGUGAGAAAUAUUUUGAGGGCGUCAUGGACUUAAAAGGCUUUGGAGCAAUCAAGGCAAAGGAUAUAGCGAAUGCUGUUUUAUUUCUCGCUUGUCAAGAUUCUCAGUUUAUCACUGGACAAAAUCUGAUUGUGGAUGGGGAAAACACGCUGAAGCUUUGAUUUCCUUCAGUGCUUGAAGAUCAAAUGCUCGAUUAUCUAUUUGGGCAGCAUUUCACAUGCGUUUGCAUAAUAAGAAUAAGGCAUAUUUUUUCUUCGCCUAAUGCCUAAAAUGUGUCAAGUUUAUUUUGAAUGUUCUGCAGCCUGUGACUUUGUGAACUCACAGUUGCUAAUAAAAUUGGUUGUUUUUUUGUUGCAUUAUA